AUGGGUGAUCUUCUUCUGAAGCAGCGACCGCCAACGGUGAAGCACUGGCAAAGUCUCGAGAUGCUGUCUCGAAGAGGGUGGCCGCCGGUCCACCCCCAAUACUUGGCCCACAAUCGGCAGAUCUUAAGCUUUAAACCGCCAGAUUGGCGUGAGCGUGGCAACUAUAUACUGCCCCAUUCCACUUAUAACUCGUCAAAUUAUUGCCAGAUAAACAAGUCGCGGGAUUACUGUUACUUAGCACCCUAUUACAGAAACGCGAUGCCUCCACCCCCAAACCCCAACAAAGAUCGCCUCCUAAUGAUCGAUCCGACUCGUCGAAGGGUGACCUCCAGAAAGGCCGAAGUUCAUCCUUGCCAGUGUAGAUCGAGAUCUUUAGAUGAUGUCAGACCAGAAUUCGUCGAAAUGUCCUCCGAGUGGGAGGAGGACGAAAACGGAAACAAAAUCGGCCGAAGACACAAGAAUAAAAGCAACUACGAUAAACACAGCAAAAAGUAUCGCAGUAACAGGAGAUCGAUGGACAACCUGCUUCUUGAUAAUUACGACGUUGCGCAAAAUUUACAGACGAAAAGUAUCGAUUUGGACAAUAGCGAUGCAAGUAGCGGGACUAGGCCUCGGUUUGUUGCCGUUACGACCCUCGAAGAUGUCCAGGCGGUUCGCUGUGCAGAAUUCCACCCCGGUGGUCAGCUGUACGCCGUCGGAUCCAAUUCGAAAACUCUUCGAAUAUGUGGAUAUCCGAAAUUGGGUGACGUUAGCUAUACGGGUUAG